CACAGCAGUCAUGAGCACCAGUAUGAACACCAGCAAGGAGCAUUCCACCGACACGGCUUCAACGCUGCUGCAGGCCUCGCAGCCUCCACUUGAUACUCAAGAACACAAACCCAAGGCGCAGGCUGCUGAGUCUGGCAGCGAUCUCCUCAUCCCUGAUAAGAACAUCGAGCCACGUCAGCAGCGGACCCCGUCUCUAACACCAGAACCAGCGUCAAGACCCAGCGAAGAGCAAAGCAAUAUCUCAACGAGCACAGCGCCGCCGCCGCUGCAGGCUCUGCAGCCUCCACUUGACACGCACAAUGACCAACUCAGGGCGCGCGGUGCUGAGUCUGACAGUCCUCUUUUCGUCACUGAUAGUGAGACAAAGCCACGCCAGCAGCUAGCCACGUCUCAGGCGCCCGAACCAUCGUCAGGACCCAGCAAGUCGGAUGAGACCAUUAGCCAACCUGUAGCACCGAUGACUCAAGCAUCGCAGGCUUCUCAUAAGAGUGCUAACUUGAAAGUUGAUGACAGCAUAAAAAGAAAGCGCAUGAAAAAGGCCGAGCGCAGGCGCAAGCUGGCCGCAAGGACCUCGGACGACCUUGAAGAUGGAGAGGCAAUGGAAGUUGAUGUGGAUCUCCCACCAGUCCCCGAGUCCAGCGAGCAUCGGGAACAUUAUAGAAGCAUGCAUACCCAGGCUUAUGGAUAUGUCCUUGCAUUCGUGCGGGAUGAAGAAGCGGGCGCAAGAUUGCAGAUUGACAAAAUCAACCAAGAUAUUCUCGACUACAACAACAGAGCACAGCUACCCAAAGAGCACCUGACCGAUGGAAUCAUCGGCCACGAGGAUCUAAAACACGUCAUCGACGAUAUCCUUACAGCGCGUGCUAAAGUUGACGAAGACCCAGACGACCAGACGAGAGUGGAGGCCCUCGGCGCAGCCACUGCGACGCUCGAUAAACUCAGCAAAGACCGUGCCUAUCCAGAAAGCUGGACAGAACUCCUCCGGGAGUGUGGCGGAAAGGGCGGCAAAGACACUGCGCAGGCCGCUGUGGCUGAUCCACUGACUAAGCUGUGGACAUGGGCGACAGGCACUUCGAAGGAUGGGAAACGUAUCAUGGCAUGGCGCCCUUGUGGCAGCGGCACCCGCUGCGUGGUCGAGGAAACAGCCGGCUGCCCCGUCUGGACCAUCAAGUCCGGGUCUGAGGUUGGCCUUCGCCAAGUCGAACAGUACAAACAGGUUCCCAGAACACUACAGCUUGCCGGAACCGGGGUAGAAAAGCGUAAAUGGUCGUACAAAGACCGCGGAAAGUAUGAGAGCCUACUCGCGGUGACAAGUCCCGAAUACAAGACGCAUAACGGUACAAAUAGUCCCAGGACUCCAGAGACACACUGCUGGAUUAUAUGGAGCAACGAACUGCACCAUCUGACUAGAUCAGAUCUGUGUAGGGUGCUGGGGAAGGAAAGUGCGAACAACGACAUUAACACUCUGUGCAAGAAACAUGGAAAGCCGACGCUGCACGAGAUUCAGCCACAGACAUCUCUCCGCCCUGGGGUUGACUCGUCCCAGCUCAAGGUUGCAAAACCAGAUUCGAGAUCGAUCGAAGAUAGGUUCCUUAGGUUGGAACAGAAGAUACAAGAGCAGCAUUCAAGGUUUGAUCAGUCCUUUUUGAGUACCAAGGACGAGAUAUCUAAAUUUAUUAGUUCGCUAGAGGAUACAUCAGGCUGA